CCUUUAUUCUUCCUCUCCUUCCUUUUCUCAUUUUUCCUUUCUCCUUGCAAUCUCCCGUAAUGCUCCCACCAUUCAGCUAACAGAAUUCCCAUUCCAAAGCCCAGAACGGAGCAGGCGCCGCACACCCUGCAGAGCACCCAGCAAGAGCUGCUUGGGGUGACGCUUUUCUCAGGGCUCUUUUUACUGCUCACGAUCGAUCUGCUGCUCUAUUUACUUGUGCCGGCGGUGUUUUACUUCAGUGUAUGUAAAAAAAAGGAACACAAACCAGCACCACAACGACACCCGCAGCGCGCGCAGGGCCCAAGCGUUGCGUUGGGCCCCAGGAGGGAGGUGCCAGGCUGGGCCGUCCCCAGGCAGCGGGCAGGAGGGGGGCAUGGCGGCUCUGCAGGCCCGCCGCGUGCUGCUCACCGGCUCCAACCGCGGCAUCGGGCUGGAGUUGGUCAGGCAGCUGCUUGGGGGUCCUCACCCACCCACCCACGUCUUUGCGACCUGCCGGGACCCAGAGGGAGAGCGGGGGAAGGAGCUGAGAGAUCUAGCAUCUAAACACCCAAACCUGGUGCUGGUGAAGCUGGAUGUUGCAAAUCCCUCAGCCAUUGUCAACGCGGCAAAGAUCGUGGAGGAGAAGCUGAACGGCGCAGGGCUGAACCUGCUGAUAAACAAUGCUGGCAUCUUUACCCCGGUGUCACUGGAGACGGUGGACUCUGAAGAGAUGAUACGGGCAUACAAGACCAAUGCGGUGGGACCGCUGCUGAUGGCCCAGGCGUUCCUGCCCCUCUUGAAGAAGGCUGCCCAGGACAGCAAGGAAAAAAGACUGAGUUGCAACAAGGCAGCCAUCAUCAACAUCUCCACCCUCCUGGGGUCCAUUGAGAGAACUCCUGAGUCCUACUUCAAGCCGGUCAUCUCCUACCGCUGCAGCAAGGCUGCCCUCAACAUGCUCACCAGGUGCCAGGCUCUGACCUACAGCGAGGCUGGGAUCCUGUGCGUGGCACUUCACCCCGGCUGGGUGAAAACUGACAUGGGCACCCAGGAGGCUGACCUGACGGUGGACACGAGUGUGCGGGGGCUGCUGUCAGUGCUGCCCAUCCUCUCUGAGAAGCACAGCGGGAUGCUGCUCAACUGGGAAGGCAAAGCAAUUCCAUGGUGAGCCUUUUGAGGGACCACACAGUGCCAGGUUUACCCUGAUUCCCCAGGGUGCUCAUCACGGUGUGGCAUGCGAGUAACCUACCCAGGACUCUGCCACUGACUGUGCAGGGCAGGCUGUGAUCCCUGCAUCUGAAUGGCUAAUAAACACAAUGGUCAAUGAA